GUCAGAGUCUAUAGGACUUGGAAAUUUAGGAAAUGUCGUUAGUUUAAUCGUUCUCACUGUUGUAGAUGAACUAUCUUUUUUUUUUUACUCAAAAUUUACUCUCAUUUAAACGCUUAGACUCCCCUAGAAAUUAAACUGGUUAUCGCAAUCGCGUGCCAUUUGCGAGACGUGACGUUUAUUUCAGAAAACUUCUAAACAAUAACGUAAGAAUAGGCAUUGUUUAUCGUAAAAACAAGGCUUACGUUACAUUACAGCAAAUCUGGUGAUAUUCAUAACAAACGCCUGCCUUCGGUCCAUUUUUGUGUGGGUGCACUGAUAGAGUCAUCCAAUCUCCGCUGUGGAUGAAAGCCAAAGAUCUAUUUCUGUUUUUUUGAGGAAAUUUCUUGCUCGAAAUGUUCAAAACACUCCGACUGUAUGAAAGGUCAGAUUUGCUGUGUGAGUGACUGUCGUGCGGAAAAAGAUUGUUGGUGUAUAACAGACAAACAAUGUGGUGCAGGAGAGAUUUGCCAAAAUUCUCUUUGUAUGCCGACUCCAAACUCUCACGCUACUGUCAAACCCUGUUCUGUCGACGGCGAUUGUACUGAUAGACGCCGGGACAAAUCAAUGUGUUGCCGAGACGGAAGAUGUUCCACAACAUGUUCCACAACAACUUCAACCUCACCUUCAACUUUAGGACCUACUCGUCGUUUGCCGUGUAGAAAUUCGAGGGACUGCUUUGAUGGAGAAGACUGCAUUGGCGGAAAUUGCGAAAACACCUCAAAUAUCAUGUUAACAAAGGCGGGAUUCCUAUCCGCUGCCAUAUUAACCGGAUCAGUUUUCCUUUUAAUACUCUGUUGUUGUUUUGUUCGAGAAAGCAAGUACGGUAGACAGAGGGCCAAUCGUCAACGUCGGCGAUCAAGAAGGCGAAGUAGUCGCGGGAGGCGACGGUCUUCUCAUCAUACGCGCUCUAGAUCUGGAACUACAGAGUUACGCUCAACAGCUAUAGAAAAUAGGGCGUUUAGUUUAGAAGACUGUCACUCUUGCGAAGAAGGGCUGGCUAUACCACCCCCUGAAUAUUCUAGUGAGCGAACUGAAAACACGAUUCAUGACUAUGGUGAACCAUUACCUCCGUCACCACCUCCUUAUUGUACCCUGUCGUUUUCUGAUCUCCCUCCGACGUACGAAGAGGUCCUUCAAACUGACGAGCAAAGGGGCUCCCCAACUGAAGUUGCUUAGGAAGCCGACACUCCUUGUCAGUUCGUUUAUAGGACAAGUGCAGACACAUGAAAAGGGGUUCGUGUACUGCCGAGCUCAUGACAGAAAAGUUUGAAUGAGGCAAGGCUUAAUGCGCUAAUGGGCUACUGUGUCAGUAUUAGCAAACAAGUGUGCCUGGUAAGCCAUUUGCGGUAGUUCUCCGAAUGAUGUUUUGUUAAAGGUAAAUCAUAGAUACAGACCAGACUUGGCAAAAUUGUGGACAGAUUUUAAUAGGCCACCCAAUUGGUUGUGAACCCCCUUUAAGUUCCAGGAGUCUUCAUUCUGCUUCUGUAAUCUCCACAAGAGUCACUUAAGCAAAAAAGUGUUUUUUAGUAUGAAGAAAUGCUGAGAUGUGGCGUUAAUGAUUGGACCCUUUCUUGGUAGAUUCUCUGGAUCUACUCUUAAAAAUUCAGACUAAUCAGCCCAACAAUUGCUGGGUAGAGUGCUGCACCUUUUCACUUUUCAGUCAUGGUUGUUUCUGAAUGGGGAUCACCUAACUAGUUACCUUUUGGCUCAAAUAGUAAUGAUCUGCAUUAAGGAGCAGACCCAUGCCCUCUUUGAUAACAACAGUGGUGGAGGCUGCUUAAUCUGCUAUGAAUUGGAAAUACCAUCAAAAAUCUAAAUAUUUGUUUAAUGACAUAAGUGCAUCGUACCCUCGCCCUUUUCGAAACAGUCCUGGUAUUUCUCAACUUCUAGUUACAUUGUUUGUUUUUCCAACAGUCCUGGUAUUUUACAACUUCUAGCUACAUUCAAUUUGUUAAAUUUUUCAUCCUACACUCCCCAACAUCCAUGAAAUAGAGAGGGUUGUUCAGAAGCUCACAAAACAUUAGUGUACCUCUGUGUUUGAAUAGUCUGAUAGCAGUGUAUAAAUUAACACAAGAGAAUGUGGUCUAGCAAAGGUCUGUGGAGUAUUUGUAAUUGGACACUCCAACAGGGACAUAUCUUGAAAAUACAGAAAGUAUAUUCAGCUUUAAAAAGGUGUUUGAACUCUUUUUUAUCGCCCAUAUGUUAAAGGCACCUUACCUCUCCCCCCGUCCCCCUCUCCAUAUCAAGACAUUUGUCAUCAAAUAGGUAACAAGAAAGAACAAGAAAGAACAGAUGCCCAAGGGCUGCUUUCUUGAUAUAAAGCCAAAUUCUCUCAACCUUUUUGCAAGGAAUUUUACUGUAACCAGAGGGAAUUACUAAUAACGGAUUUUGGGGCUACUGGUAAAGGGUUAGGGAGUUGUAUUGCAUAGCAGAAGUGCACACUGUCACUCAGCACCUUGAAAUAUUAGGAUCAAAUGGUACAAACAGCAGGCAUUUUCUAAGUACUGCUGGUGUUAUGUUUCAAAUAAUGGACUUUUGAUAACUUUGGAAAUUGUGCAAACUGCCUUUUCACUUGUAUAUAUUUUCAGUUAAAAAAAAAAAAAAAAUAGUAACUUCUAAUUUGAUCUAUUUUUGUUGCUCAGAGGUAUGAAAAGAGCUUUGAAAGAGUAAUAAAACCAGGAUGGAAUUAACUGGUAA